UCCAGGCUCUUACAGUGGGACACACAUGGCCAGUGACUCAGAUCAAACCAUGACUAUCAUCCUGAAUGAUUUAUUUAAUUACACUGAUUUGUGGCAGUUGUUUGAGGAUGAGUUUGCAAAUUUCACCGGCACGCCACCCACAGAAGAACAUUAUUAUAGUCCCUGUAAGAUGGACACUGAAACACUCAACAAGUAUGCUGUGGUCAUCAUCUAUGCCCUGGUCUUCCUGCUGAGCCUCCUGGGAAACUCCCUGGUGAUGCUGGUCAUCUUAUACAGCCGGGUGGGCCGCUCUGUCACCGAUGUCUACCUGCUGAACCUGGCCAUGGCUGACCUGCUCUUCGCCCUGACCUUGCCUAUCUGGGCCACCUCCAAGGCAAAGGGCUGGAUCUUUGGCACACCCCUGUGCAAGGUGGUCUCACUCCUGAAGGAAGUCAACUUCUACAGUGGUAUUCUACUGCUGGCCUGCAUCAGCGUGGACCGCUACCUGGCCAUUGUCCAUGCCACACGCACGCUGACCCAGAAGCGGCACUGGGUCAAGUUCAUAUGUUUAGGCAUCUGGGUCCUGUCCUUGAUCCUGGCCCUACCCAUCUUCGUCUUCCGUGAGGCUUAUCAACCACCCUAUUCCAGCCCAGCCUGCUACGAGGACAUGGGUGCCAAUACGACAAAAUGGCGGAUGGUGAUGCGGGUCCUGCCCCAGACCUUUGGCUUCCUCCUGCCCCUGCUGGUCAUGCUGAUCUGCUACGGACUCACCCUGCGCACGCUCUUUGCAGCCCACAUGGGGCAGAAGCACCGGGCCAUGCGGGUCAUCUUUGCUGUCGUGCUCGUCUUCCUGCUCUGCUGGCUGCCCUACAACCUGGUCCUGGUUGCAGACACCCUCAUGAGGGUCCGGGUGAUCGCAGAGACCUGUGAGCGCCGCAAUGACAUUGGCCGGGCCCUGGAUGCCACCGAGAUCCUGGGCUUCCUCCACAGCUGCCUCAAUCCUCUCAUCUACGUCUUCAUUGGCCAGAAGUUUCGCCACGGACUCCUCAGAAUCAUGGCCAUCCAUGGCCUGGUCAGCAAGGAGUUCUUGGUCAAGGACGGCAGGCCUUCCUUUGUUGGCUCUUCUUCAGGGAACACUUCUACUACCCUCUGAGACCGCGCGCAGGGCUCCCCCCUUCCCUUCAGCAUCCGCCCCAAGCCGCAUGUCCUCUGGCUGCUCACAGCCUUGUGUCAGGGCAGCCCCCCACUGUGGUUACAGGAAGUGGCUGAGGCCACAUCCUUACUAGGCCCCCAGCUAUGGAUUCGAAAGCCCUGGCCCCCACCUCUUACCGUAAUUACCAUGUCAACUGCUAGAGCUCGGCCCAUCCCACCACUGAGACCACAGCACUCUGUCUUCUGGCAGACAUUCUUUGAAGAUAUUCUUUUAAGUGAUUACAAAAAUUUCCCACCAUUGGGAGGCAUUAGUGUCAAACACCAUUGGUUGCUUCCCCAACUCUCCCUUUCCUUGCCUGCUAACGAAGUCCACCUCCCUUGAGAGAGGCUGAAAAUGACAGAUACUCACUUUCUAAGACUCCCUUAAACUAGGAGUGGCCAUAUCAUUUGGUUCUGAUUAGUAAGACUCAAAGGCAAUAGUGUGCUGGUAAACCACUUUCCUGGGAGAAAGUCUUAAUGUUCUGUGGUGUAAAUAAAUGCUCUUACCAUGGCCGGUUUCAAGGGUGGUGGUGUUUAGCAACAAGCUCACAAAAUCUAGAUAAUGUAAUAAUGUGCUUUCACAAACUGGCUUCAGUGCACUGUUGCUUAAGAGGAAGUCUACUGGGACCAGGGGACUCCUGGGAUAUAUUCCUGAUUUAAAAGACACACACACACAUACAUAUCCUUGGUUCCUGCCUUUGAAUACGGUUAUAGGAUAUGAUGUGUAGAGCUGAGCCAGUCACUUUGUGACAAUGAGGCAAAAAGUCUGCCCAACACACUUAGGCUGGUGGAGCCAAAGGAU